AAGAAAAAAAACAUCAAAUAUCUUUAAGCUGAUGUGUUUCUUUUAACGGCUAUAUGGGAUCGACAAUCCGACAAUUUUUCUAUAUGUCAACCUCAAGAUUUGUUUGAAGAACAAAGUAAGCAACAAGUUUAUUUGUUCUUUCGAUUUUGUCAUGACCCAUUCUGGGAGCACAAAGAGCGAAAGGGAAUGAUACAGGUACCAAUGAGGGCUUAUUCCAAUUAAAGAUAUUAGCGGAGAUAGAUGUUGAAUAAUGAAUGAAAGAUUAUAUGAGUAUACUUUUCGUUUCAGAUUAUUCAGAAAAUAUGAUGGUGUACAAGGCCAAUUGGCUACCGUUAGUGGCAGUCUUUGUAAGUGUAGCAAAUGGCGUAACUUACAAGACGGUGCGUACUCCAUCUGGACCCGUCAGAGGCAUUGCCAUUCAGAACAGGAAUCAAUCAGUAUAUCAGUAUCGAAAUAUUCCUUAUGCAAAACCACCUGUCGGAAACUUGCGACUUAAAAAACCAGUUCCAUUUGGUAGUUGGACAAACGUCCUGGAUGCAACAUCGUUCGGACCGUCAUGUAUGCAAGAUCCAAAAUAUAUUUCAAACAUACUCGAAAAUAGGCAAAUGUCCGAAGACUGUCUUCAAUUAAAUGUGUACACACCAUGCAAUGCUUCCCUAACAAACAAAAAAAGUGUAAUGAUCUGGAUACAUGGAGGGGGGUAUAUCUUUGGCCAAGGCACCAUUUACGAUGCGUCACCUCUCACUAAUGUAGGAGAUGUUAUUGUUGUCACGGUGAAUUAUCGUUUAGGACUUCUCGGAUUUCUGAGUACAAUGGACGAUGCUUCGUUGGGAAAUUACGGUCUGUGGGAUCAGCGACUUGCAGUUCAAUGGGUAAAGCAAAAUAUCGCUGCAUUUGGUGGGGAUCCGAACUCAAUUACACUUUUCGGUGAAUCAGCUGGCUCCAUGAGUGUUGCUCUGCAUGCUCUUAAUCCACAAACCAUGGACUAUUCCAACGCGUUAUCGGUGAAAGUGGAUCUGCCAAUUCUCCUUUACGAACAGGACUUAUCUAAGAAUAAUAGGUCACCUCUUCAUACAUUUCAAACCAGCUGGCGUGGAUCAAGGUACGUUGGAGAAAUGGUGAUGUUUAAUAGAGUUCUGCUUCUGGUCAUGUUCUAUUUAUCUGUGAGCAGAAGCCAGAAAUACCGAAUGAUCAACUCACCGUCAGGAUCUGUCCGCGGGAUUGGUGUACAUAAUCAAGGCGAAAUAGUUUAUCAGUACCGUAAAAUUCCGUUCGCCAAACCACCUGUCGGAAAUCUGAGACUACGAAAACCUGUUCCUUUCGGCAAGUGGACAAAUGUUUUAGACGGCACGUCUUUUGGACCGUCCUGCUAUCAGCCAGCAGAAUAUUUGUCACACUUACCGAAUAUGGAACUGUCUGAGGAUUGUUUACAACUGAAUAUAUACACACCAAGUAGCGCCUCUCCAAACAAUACAAAAAGUGUAAUGGUAUGGAUACACGGUGGAGGAUAUGUAGAAGGCCAUGCGAUAGCUUAUGACGGAACAAAUCUUGCAAAUACUGGGGAUGUCGUAGUGGUAACUGUGAACUACAGAUUAGGGAUAUUUGGAUUUCUCAGUACAAUGGACAAUGCGUCCCGUGGUAAUUAUGGAUUGUGGGAUCAACGACUUGCCAUGCAAUGGGUUAAGGACAAUAUCGAAGCAUUCGGUGGUGAUCCAAACUCUAUCACAAUCUUUGGUGAAUCUGCAGGGGCAUUUAGUGUCGGAUUACAUGCUAUUAUCCCAGAAAACCGAGGUCUCUUCCAAAGAGUAAUCGCUGAAAGUGGAACAGGAAAUUCGCCAUAUGCAAUAAAUCAUGAGCCGACAAAAUAUGCAAGAGGAUACGGUGUCUAUCUCAAAUGUCUAAAUGAAAAUGAUGUUACCUUUGAUACGGAAAUGUUAAUUCAGUGCAUCAGAGGGAAAAACGCUCAAGAAAUUAUGCAAGCUCAAAUUAACCUUGAUCGUUUGAAGUACGUGAACUAUAUAUUUAACGAACCAAAUGCCCCGGUAGUCGAUGGGGAACUUAUCAAGCAAAAUCCAAGUUCCGCAAUUGCUAAUUCUUCGUCAACUGAAUCCAGCUUCUUCCGAUCCCUUGAUGCCAUCAUUGGCAAUACAGACUCCGAAGGUUCCCUUGUCUAUGAUGAAUUUAUGAUUAGCCUUCAAAAACAGUAUAGCUUUAAUUAUUCACGUUCUAUACCGACUUCUGUUCUGUGUAAUUCAUAUGCACCGGAGAUCGCAAAGGAUUUUUAUAUUAGUAAUACCGAAGUUUCCGCAGCUAUAUGUAAACAAUAUAGCAGUGAUAUCGAGAUUGAUCAGAGUAGAAAUAUCGUCAACAUGUACUCGGAUUUUUCUAUGAUUGCUCCUGCUGUGAAAGCACUAAACUGUCAUUCUCUUCCCGGACUGACAAUGGGACGAAGUACGUAUCAGUAUAUAUUUUCCAGAGAAUAUACAUUUGAUGCAUUCCCUCAGCCUAACUGGUUCAAAGGGGCUUGGCAUGGCGCCGAGGUUCCGUAUCUUUUUGGGCCAACCAUUCUUUGGUCUAUAACGAAUCUCGGCUCUCGAUCUGAUUCUAUCCUUUCUGAAAAGAUGAUUAAGUAUUGGACGAACUUUGCGAAAAAUGGCUCUCCGAAUGGCCCAGGUGUCCCAUAUUGGCCCAGAUAUGACUCCGUAGGAAAACUCUAUCAAAAUCUGAACAUCAACAUAUCACCAGCAUACCAUUUAUACCCGGAGAGGAUGCGGUUUUGGAAUCAAUACCUCCCGUCAUUGGUGAGACAACCAGCAAGCAUGGUUUUGGGAUAGCUGAACCAUAGUGUAUAAUUAAAGAUAUAUAGUGUAUAUAAGUAAUACAAGCUUUCUCUCUCUUUUUUUUUGUUUUUUUUGUUUUGUUUUGUUAUAAUCGUAGUGAUUUCCUCCAACUACCAGUAUCCCGGUUCUUCAGAAUGAGGGGUCACAGUAUUUUUAUUUUGAAGUUGGAAGAACAAAAUAAUAGAUGAAGAUGCAACAAAAUCGAUUCCUCGUGGGACACAUGAUCUGGUAGCUGUUGCAAUUUGCAAG